CUUUUUCUCUGACAGUUUCACAUAUGAUGGGUGUGAGAAGUUAAGGCGCCGACACAUUAGCGGAUGCGGCUUACGGUCACGAUCGAUAGUGUGCACGGUCUUUUGGGACGCGCUUGUAGACCUCUAAUGUGUCGGCGCCUUUUUAUUGAGUACAUUGAUUGUCAGUGUCAUUUUGCAGUCAGUAUUCUGUGGUCCAUUCACAAUCAGUUCAACGAGCGAGAACGAGAGUGAAACAAAACAAUAAUUUUGCUACAUUGCGUGCUAUUCAAAAUUAGUGAUAAUGUCUAAAACAUCCUCUAAAAAGGCAACAGCACCCUGUAUAACCCUAGACUUAUGCUAUACAUGUCUGAGCACCGAUCGUCGUCUACAUCCAAUAGUAAAUCUACCUGAACUAAGGCAUCUUUGCAAAGGAGUUUCAUUUUCCGAAGAACACAGAAUAUGCUAUGAGUGCAAGGCAAUGUUGAACCGAAUUCUAAGAUUCAAACAGAGAGCUAUUAAUGCUAUGUCUAUGCUAUCAUCUUUGGGGAAAAAUAUUUCCAAAUACAGCGGCCAGCUAAAAAGCUUGUCAUCGCUGACUCGCUCUAACGCAUGUAACACAUUUGAUAGAGAAUUUAUUUUAUAUGGCGACGAUCACAUACUACAACCACUGAAAUUCAUAGAAGAAGAAGUAAAUGUGCAUAGUUCACCAACCCGCACUAGGCCUAAAACCCAUCCUUUGUUGGAAGGUGAGCCGUGCCCCAGCAGUACAGUGAUAGGUUCUGAUGAUAUACAUAAAGGGAAAAGAACAGAGGAUUUAGAUUGUGAGGAUGGUGAGGAAACAGACUCUUGUUGUGAAGAACGAGAGAUGGAUGUUAUUCAUAUAGACUCGCAGUUGGAAAAACCACAGUCUGACGUUAUUCAAAUAGAUUCACAAUGUGAAGACCUUGACACUGACUGUGUUAUUAAAGUCGAGAUAGAGGAACAAGAGGAAUUAAGUGAACCACACAUUGAAGAUAAUAGUCAUCAUUUCGAAGUUGAGAUGCCUGUGUCAUUCCUAUGUCAAGUGGUGCAACCGUCAAACCCGGCUAAAGAUAAGAAAAAGUACAGAGAAACAACAUUAACUGAAACAGAACUACUCCAGUUCAGGGAAGAGAAGAGGAACGAGGAGACAUACAGAGGCAGCACAUACAAGUGUGAAACGUGCAUACUUACAUUUUACAAGGAGAGCCUUUUGGAGAAGCAUAAUGCUUUGCACAAGGAGGACAAAGGCCCGCAUCAGUGUAAUAUCUGCGAAGAAAGAUUUUCAUACCAGACUUCACUUGUCAGUCAUCACGAGAAACAUUACACAUGUUACGAAUGCUGCGAUUGCGAUUUCCGGCAUCACACACUUAAAGAGAUCAAAACACAUGUGCUGAAUAUGCACACAGAACAACGGUGUAAAAGCUGCAAUACUAAAUUCAACGGCUACCUCCGGUUGAAAGAGCACAGGGCGAACGAUCGCAGGAGCAGACUCGAGUGUGAAAUAUGCAAGAAAAUGUUAGCGAACAACGCCAGCUACAGCAAACACAUGAAAAUUCACAAAGGUGACCUCCCCUCGGCCGAGUGCGAUGUUUGUCAGAAAAGAUUUCACAGCAAAAGCAAUUUAAAGUUUCAUAUGAAGCGAAUGCACAGCGACUCUGGCAACGAGACGGUGUACUGUGAAACGUGUGAUCACACGUUCAGGGACCGCCACGCGUACCGGCACCACCUUUCAUACUCGUCAAAGCACGUGGACGCCAAAUACGAGUGUGCUGACUGCGGCAGGAGGACUGUAACAAAGUCAGAAAUACGACUGCACAUAGAGUCUAUGCACGUGAAGCGACCGUUGUACGAGUGUGAAACCUGCCAACAGAGAUUCAUAACAAAGAGCUACAUGCUCCGCCACGUGCUGUCGCGCCACCGCCGCGCGCCCGGCAGGCACGUGUGCCAUGAGUGCGGGAGUAAAUUCAAGAGGUUAACCAGCCUCCGAGAUCACAUGAACUCGCACUCGGGCCGGCGGCCGCACGAGUGCGCUAUCUGCGGAGAUACAUUCGCGCACCGCGCGGCGCUGUACACACACAACAAACGGAGACACGCUGGGACGACGGCUGAGAAGAAGACUACUAGGAAAAGAUAGGAAGGACACUUUAAGAACAACUUGAA